AUGAUAAGGAAACCUACCACUCCAAAGGAAUCCUGUCAAUUAUUAGGUCCCGUUUCAAUAUUAAUACAAGUAUUCAUGGGUGUAGCAGCUAUAAUGAUGUUAUUAUUGAAACGGAAUUAUGAACAUCCUAAGAGGAAAAUGAUAGUUUGGGUUUACGAUACGGGGAAACAAAUUUCUGGAUCAUUAGGGAUACAUUUUUUAAAUUUAUGUAUAAGUAUUUUCAAAAGGAAAAAGAAGGCCAUUUUGAGGUUUAUACUUCUGGACAAUCCUCUGAGUGGAGAUGAUGAUGAUGAUGAUGAACAGUGUGAUUGGUAUUUUUUAAAUCUUUUGUUGGAUACUACGAUUGGUAUUCCGAUUCUUUGGCUUAUUUUACAUUUUUUGGAGAGAAUUUUAAUAUCGUUUAGAAUUGAAAAUGUUCAAAGUGGGAAUUAUUUCCCUAAGGCACAAAACGAUGAUGAAGAGGAUAACUUGACAAAUCAUCAUCAAAAACCCAUGGUUAGUGCAUUUAUUAAACAAGUUAUUGUAUUUAUGUGUGGGUUAAGUAUUAUGAAAAUUGCUAUAUUCUUAAUACUAAAUUAUUUCGAAGAUUUGGCAUAUUGGUUUGCUGAUUUAAUACUUGGUUGGUCUGAUCCAUGGCCAAAUUUACAAGUAUUCCUUGUAAUGUUUGUGUUUCCAGUAUUGCUAAACUGUUUCCAAUAUUUUUGUGUAGACAAUAUUAUCAAGUUACAUACGGAACAUGGGUUAAAUUUAGAGAAUGCACAGAAUUUCGAAGAAGGAGAAUUUACAUCGACGUCGUCACCAUCAUCAUCCUUCUCACAAUCAACAAUGUCUGAUAGAACGCAUAACAAUAGUAGUAUAUCAAGUCUUCAAGCCUCAUCAUAUCGUACUAAGGAUACCACGGGGAACCAUUACAAUAAUUACGGGUCUGUAAAGCCAUAA